UUGUGAAUUUGGCCAUGAGUUGACAAGGGCACCUUCAUCGUCUCACUCAAAGCCCCCCGAACCAAAAAAGACUGUUAGUGUGUCGCUGUCACCUUAAUCUUUCUCUCUCUCACUCUCAGCCCCCACAAACAUCCUCUGCACCAAUCACAACUCAACCCCUUUGACUCUCUCUCCUCUUCUCUGUUCCGUAGAUCGCUGUCUUUCAAUCACUUCAAACACACACAGCUGACACAUUUCUCUUCACUCAUUGUACCACCCCUCUGCACUGCACGCACACAAAACUCACAGCCACCACUUCUUCCACUUCAAUUCUUCAUAAAAAUCAUUUUUUUAGCUUUUUGCUUUUUCUCAGUUGCCCCCCUCUUCCCUAUUUUUAGUUCUAUCAAAGAUUCUAACACCAAUAGUCCAAUACAUAGAUAUACAUGUAUUUUCUUUGCUCUUGAGAACUAUCCCAAUUAUUGAGUGUGUCACCUCUCCAAUAUUUUGAUUUAGCCUUUUCUUUUCUCUUUUGGUUGUCAUGGUGGUUAUUUCACCUCCUCUUAGAUCUGAAGAGUUUCUUAAGGGUUUUUGCUUUGCCCAUCAUUGAUUCUCUUGAGUUUUGUAAAAGAAAGCCUCUUUUAGAUUCCUUUGAUCCUAAGAAGCUCCUAUCCUCUGCAUUCCUCUCUGAGGGUAUCUCUCUCUCUUUGAACUUAGAGAGAGAGAGAGAGUUGAAUUUAGAAGUAUCGUUUUUGCUAUGUGCAAUUGUUAGAGAGAUCAAUGAAUAGGGGAAUUGAAGUGCUCUCUCCAGCCUCCUAUCUCCAAAACUCCAAUUGGUUGUUCCAGGAAAGCAAGGAAGCAAGAUGGACUGCAGAAGAGAACAAACUGUUUGAAAAUGCCUUGGCUUACUAUGAUAAGGACACCCCAGAUAGAUGGAUGAGGGUGGCAGCCAUGAUUCCAGGGAAAACUGUUGGUGAUGUGAUCAAACAGUACAGAGAGCUUGAGGAAGAUGUGAGUGUCAUUGAAGCAGGUUUGAUCCCAGUUCCUGGCUAUACUACUGCCAGUUCUUUCACAUUGGAGUGGGUUAACAAUCAAGGCUAUGAUGAGUUCAAGCAGUUCUGUAAUGUUGGUGCGAAAAGGGGUGCAUCCACGAGGCCAACUGAGCAGGAAAGGAAGAAAGGAGUGCCAUGGACUGAAGAGGAGCACAGGCAAUUUCUGCUGGGUCUCAAGAAGUAUGGUAAAGGGGAUUGGAGAAACAUCUCUAGGAACUUUGUGACCACAAGGACACCAACUCAGGUUGCAAGUCAUGCUCAGAAGUACUUCAUCAGGCAGCUUACAGGAGGGAAGGAUAAGAGAAGAUCCAGUAUCCAUGACAUCACAAUGGUUAAUCUCCAAGAAACAAAAUCUCCUUCAUCAGACACUACCAAACCCUCUUCUCCACUUCAGAAUCAGGCAUUGUCUAGCAUGGUUAAGGAGGAAUAUGAGUGGAAAUUGCCAUGUGAGGGCAUGCCCAUUGUUUUCAAUUCCACAAGUGGAAACAUGUUCAUGUCAGCACCACUGCAUGGCAUUUCUUCAUAUGAAUCUAGACCACAGGAGCAACAUUUACUUAGACAAUCUCCAUGGAUGCCAGUUUUCACCUUGUGAUGCUAUUUUGCAAAUGCAAUUGAUGCGACAUCGGUGAUCUAUGCAAGUGGUGCAGGGAUUAGAGUUUUGAAGGUACAAAAGUUUUAAACCUUUUUCCAGUGAUGCUGGAUUGCUUCAUGGAUGGUUUUGUGUGAAUAUGUUUAAUUAGAAUGUGUGUAGAGAUUAGUUGGAAUCCUGUUCCGACAUUAAGAUUCCGGGACUAGUGUGUCAGAGAAGUUGAGUUUGGUGAUGUGUAAUAUGAUUUUUCUGAUUACAUGUUUUGUAAUUUGAUUUUAGUUAGAUGGAAGGUUUGUGUGAGCUAGCAUCCGAUGUUCAUCUUCCUAUAUAGGCAGCCAGGAGUUAUCUGCAGAUCGCCCUGAGGAAGAGGAGCUAUCUCUUGCCUUUUUAAAAGAUGCUUCAAAUAAAUAUAUUCAGUUCCAAGUAUACAUAAAGAAUUAAAUAAAGGCAUCAAUCAUGUUGAUGUACUAGUGGUGUAAUAUAAAACAAUUUGGACUGUUAAUUUUUAUAACCCUAUAUUAGGAGUGUAUUUCAAGCCAUAAAGUUAUGAUUAUACCAGAAAGAUUUUCCAAGUGUGGUGAGGAGUUGGACAGAGCUUUGGUCCUCAUGUAAAAAUGUGAUCAUAAAGCAUUUGAUAUGAAACAUAAUGUCUUGGAAGCAUUUGUUCCACAACAUGGUGGACAUUAAGAUCCAA